UUGGCAGCAUUGAACCCUUGAACCUCGCGUAUGCAGCAUUUUGUUAUUAUCACAGAAUAUAAGUAAAAGUUAUGAAUAGAGGUUAAUACCUUAAUUUGUAAAUAUUUGAAAAUUGUAAAACAAUGGCGCCAAAUUUAUCAGUACCCGUCGAACGCUACGAGCCAAGUAGCGUUGGUGUAAAUGCUAUUCUCCUGGGCCCGCCAGGCUCUGGCAAAGGAACACAGGCCCCCAUGCUAAAAGAAAAGUUUUGUGUGUGUCAUUUAUCAACUGGUGAUAUGCUGCGUGCAGAAAUUGCAUCUGGAUCUAAGCUUGGUACUGAGUUGAAAAAGGUGAUGGAUGAGGGAAAACUUGUGUCCGAUGAGCUUGUCGUGGAUAUGAUUGAUUCUAAUCUGGAUAAACCCGAAUGCAAAAAUGGCUUUCUUUUGGACGGAUUUCCAAGGACUGUUGUACAAGCUGAAAAGCUCGAUAAGUUGUUGGACAAGAGGAAGACAGGCUUGGAUGCCGUUAUUGAAUUUGCUAUAGAUGACAGCUUGCUGGUAAGGAGAAUAACCGGUCGGUUAAUUCAUCAAGCAAGUGGAAGAUCAUAUCAUGAAGAGUUUGCCCCACCGAAAGUUUCAAUGAAAGAUGAUAUUACUGGUGAGCCCUUAAUGAAGCGAAGUGACGAUAAUGCCGAGGCCCUAAAAAAACGACUGGAGGCCUAUCACAAGCAAACCAGACCAUUAGUUGAUUACUAUGGAUUAAGAGGAUUACAUUUUAAAGUUGAUGCUGCCAAAAAAUCGAGCGAUGUCUUUUCAACAAUUGACUCAAUUUUCUUACGAAAAACCUCUUUGAAAGAUCAGUUGUAAUUCGGUAAACAAACAACUAAUACCGCUAGUUUUGAUACUGCCUGUUAUUUCAUUUUGAUAAUAAAAUAAUAGUUGAAUUUUGAAUGUAUUUAUCAAUAGUUGACAAAGUAUAAAUUACAUAUGGCACUGCAGAAUUUCAUUGUACAGUUUUACAAAUAAAUACGGGUUUAUGAGCUAUUCCAAUAA